AAGAAAAGUAGUGUUUCCCUCUCUACAAGUUCCUUGCUACCACCCCACUCAUCUUUCUCCCUUUGCAAUGCAUUUUAGUGGUGUGUUGUGCCACAUGCUCAACAACUUGUUGUGUGCAACAGGGAACUUCAACCAUGUGCUGCUCUAUGCUCUCUCUGCGUGUUGACAAUCUCUGGUUAUUGAAAUAUUGGAUGCUGUGAAGACUAUUAAGUUACUGGAAUCUAUUGAUGAAGCAGAUCAACUGAGUUGUUUUAGAAACAUAAAGAAUAUCUAUUAAGAGUUUUUGUUGGACAACUUUGUGACGUGAGCUUGUUAAUCCAGGUGUUGCUGCAAUCGGAUGGAAAGGUGGUUUUCUGAUGCAUUGUGUUGAUUGGUUCUCUGUGGCAUCUCUUGUCUUUAGCUAAGGGAAGCGUAAUCUAUCUUCCAAAAUGGGCUGUGUUUUGUCAACUUUUGAUGAGGAUGAGAAUUUUGGCAACUGCAAGGAAAGGAAGAGGGUGAUCAAGCAGUUACUGAAAGUUAGAAGGGAGUUUUCUGAUUCCCUAUUAGCUUAUUUGAAAGCACUGAGGAACACUGGUGCCACUCUUAGGCAAUUCACUGAAUCUGAUACAUUAGAAUCUGAAACUGCCUCUAAUGGCUUGGCUGAGCCACCUUCUCCACCGCCCCAUCUGCCUGCAUCCCCUCUGCUACCACCACCACGGCCUCCUUUUCUUGCUGACAAGAGUGCAGUACAAGUUGCUGAAGAGGAAAUACUAGGGAAUGAUGACAACAAUGUUCGUACACAGCAAAUUGAUCCAAGUAUGAGUUCAUUACAGCUACUUCGCUCUGAUCAAGAAAUAGUAGAAAUAAUUGAGGAGGAGAGUUGGGAAGAAACUAAAACAGAUUUUGAGGAUGAAGAUACAGAAGCAGAAGCUUCUGUACAUUUUGAAAAGUCACGUUAUGGGAAGCAACAGUUCAUAGAACCAGUUUACAAUAAUUCCUCUGCAAUGAGUUUGUAUAAAAAAGACACUACAGCUAUGCCUGUUGUGGUUGGUAGAAGUGGGAAAACAUUGGAGGGUAUAGUUAGAGAGUUAGAUGAAUGUUUCCUGAAAGCAUCAGCAUGUAUAAAGGAAAUUGCUGUUAUUAUUGAUAUCAGUGGAGGAGAUACACUUCUGCGGCAGAAUUCUGGGCAUCACAAUAAGAAGAGAGGCAAUUCUGCGAAGGUCUUCAGUGUACUGUCAUGGAGUAGGCAUUCGAAGUCGCCCCAUUUCACCAAAGAUGCUGCUGAGUUUUCUGGUCAUGGUGAACCAUGCAAGCCUGGUGCUCAUUGUGCCACACUUAAAAAAUUAUAUGCUGCAGAGAAGAAACUUUUCAAGGCAAUAAAGGAGGAGGGAGUUGCAGCAUUGGAGUGUAAGAGGAAGUAUUCGUUAUUGCAUAAACAAGAGGAUGAGAACCUUGACUUGGUCAAGAUUGACAAAACUCGAUCAAGUGUUGAGAAGUUGGAGUGUGAUUUGACAAGCCUACGGCUGUGCAUCAGUGAAACAACUUUGUCAAUUUUGGAAAUUAUAGAUAUGGAGCUUAAACCCCAGCUAGGUGCAUUAACUAAAGGGUUGGCGCAAAUGUGGAGGACAAUGCAUGAGUGCCAUCGGGCCCAAGCACUUAUCUCCCAGCAGUUGAGUAACCUCAGUGAUAACCAUAACAUGAUACUAAAUUCUGAUUAUCAUCACCAGGCUACAAUUCAGUUUGAGACUGAGGCCUCUUAUUGGUAUAAUAGCUUUUGCAAAUUAGUAAAAUCUCAACAGGAGUAUGCAAUGACUCUCUGUAAAUGGAUUGAGCUUACUGACCACCUCAGGGAUGGCCAAGAAUGUAGUGAUCAGUCCUCUAUUCUUGCCCUUUGUAAACAGUGGGAACUGGGGCUGAAUGGGUUGCCUGACAAGGAGGCCUCUGAAGCAAUAAAAAGCCUUUUGUCAUCCAUCCGUUCCAUAAUUGCUCAACAGGCUGAGGAAGAUAACAUUCUGAAAAAAUUAGAAAAACUUCAAAGGAAGCUGCAAAAAUGCUCCAACUCUUUGGCUGAGAUGCAGGAGAAAAUAGAUGAUGGAGAUAUGGCUGAUACAAGCCCCAAGCACCAUCCAAUAUAUCUUAAUAAAAAAAAUGAAAAAGAAGCCUUAGAGAAGCAAGUGGAAAGCGUGAAAGCAAAUUAUGUGGAUUCUGUCCAGUAUAGUAGGGCCAUGACCCUAAAUUACCUCCAAACUAGACUUCCCUAUCUCUUCCUGUCACUAAUGGAAUUUUCAAGUGCUUCGGCCCAGGCAAUUGAGUCUAUCAAUACCCAGCCAAGCCAAGUAGAAUCCGUUGAUAUUGCGUAGCGAAACUUAU